AUGCAGGACAGAUUUGUGCGCGUGCCUAUUCUGCUGGGUACCAACACGGACGAGGGGGCUAGUUUCGGGACGACGGGCACGGACACUGAGGAAUCUUCGAAACGCUCCGUCCUCUCCCGCUCCCAGGCCACUCACCUCCUCUCCAUCUACCCCGACACCAUUUCCCUCGGCUGUCCCUACGGCUGGGGAAAUACGACCUGGCCACAGCUGGGCCUCAUGUAUAAGUGGUAUGCAUCGAUAGCCGAUGAUCUGACCAUGGUGACACCGCGACGGAUGCUGGCGCAGGCUAUGUCCAGGGUCGGGAAGCAGGUCUUCUCGUGUCAGUGGGAUGUGGCGGCAUUGAAUACGAAUACGUCGAGUCCGAUUGGAGUGCAGCAUUUGGCAGAGAUCCCCUUCAUCUUCGCCAAUCCAGUCCAGAACAUCACCGCGCUCGGGUCUGAUCCUGCUCGUUUGGAAUUGGGGCAGAUGGCUGCACGGAUGUGGGUGUCGUUUGUAACGGAUCUGGCUCCGAAUGGACAUGGUGCUUCCAAUUUCGUGUUUCUGCUUCCGCGGGGGGAGAGCUACGUCGAGCCAGAUACCUAUCGCGCGGCGGGCAUGGAUUUUAUCAACCGGAUUGUGCGGUGA